AUUGCAUUCCGCCAUUACAUGUUGACUGUCACCGGACAUAGCAGCCUAUUCAGAGUACCAAUGGACGCCAAAACCUCCUCCUUAACUUCUUCAGUUGAUUCAAGAAAAGCCUUUGCAUGUGUCAGCAUGAAGGAAGAAAAGCCAUUUGAUUUUUUGCGGACUGUAUUUGAGGGUGUCAUAGCAGGAGGUACAGCGGGUGUGGUUGUUGAGACAGCUUUAUACCCCAUUGAUACAAUUAAGACACGGCUACAGGCUGUGCGCGGAGGUGGACAGAUCGUAUUGAAGGGACUUUAUGCUGGUUUGGGAGGAAACAUUGCUGGUGUGCUGCCGGCUUCUGCUUUAUUUGUUGGCGUGUAUGAACCCACCAAGCAGAAAUUGCUAAGGACUUUUCCUGAAAGCCUUAGUGCACUAGCCCAUUUUACGGCUGGUGCAAUAGGUGGUAUUGCUGCUUCUCUCAUUCGUGUUCCAACAGAGGUUGUUAAACAACGGAUGCAAACUGGACAAUUUGCAUCAGCUCCAGAUGCUGUACGCCUGAUUGCCACAAAAGAAGGUUUUAAAGGACUCUAUGCAGGAUAUGGAUCUUUUCUAUUGAGAGAUUUACCUUUUGAUGCAAUUCAAUUUUGCAUUUAUGAGCAGCUACGAAUUGGUUAUAAAUUGGCGGCAAAGCGGGAAUUGAAUGAUCCUGAAAAUGCUAUUAUUGGAGCUUUUGCAGGUGCAUUAACUGGAGCUAUAACCACUCCCCUUGACGUCAUUAAGACAAGAUUGAUGGUUCAGGGUUCUGCAAAUCAGUAUAAGGGAAUUGUUGACUGUGUCCAAACGAUUGUCAGGGAGGAAGGAGCUCCUGCUCUUUUGAAGGGUAUUGGACCUCGAGUUCUAUGGAUAGGAAUUGGUGGUUCCAUUUUCUUCGGCGUCCUUGAAAGCACAAAGCGUUUACUAGCAGAGAGGCGUCCCAACCGCAAAGACCCAAAACAAGAGUAAAGCGUUCUUACAAUCCAUCUAAAAUCUAUAAUUAGUAGUCAUUGCUAGUGGUGCUUCAUUUGAUUUAUGAGGUUAUGAGGAUAUAACAAUGGGAUGGACUAUGAAAUGAGAAAGAGUUGUAGACUACUUGAUUCUUUGUAGAACAGUGACUGAACACUGAAAAUAAUGAAUCAGUUGCUUCAAAAUGGGCUGUUUUUUC